CCAAUCACACACAACGACAGUGGCUUUGAAAGAUUGGCGGUCGAAGCCCGAAGAAUAGGGUGCCGUUUGGUUUUAAAGUUAUUGUACUAUACAUAUAGCUAAAUGCGUCAGUAUGAUGCAGAAUAAGGAGAAUUGUGAUCCUAAAGGCCUACAAAGACCGAUGGCAACUUCAAUGGUUUCUGUGGGUCCACAGAGAGUUCAAGUACCCUCUGCCCCAGAGACUACAGACAAAAACGCAAUUACAGGUCCUGGGAGAGAGCCUGUCACCUCUACCUCUGGUGCCGCUCCGGCAAAGAAAUUCACCAUCCAUGACUUUGACAUCGGGCGGCCCCUGGGCAAGGGCAAGUUUGGGAACGUGUACGUUGCACGAGAUAAGAAGCUGAAUUUCAUUGUGGCACUGAAAGUGCUCUUCAAGUCUCAGAUGGAGAAGGAAGGCGUGGAGCACCAGCUCCGAAGAGAGAUUGAGAUUCAGUCCCAUCUUAGACACCCCAACAUCCUGCGCUUCUACAACUACUUCCAUGACAGCUCAAGGGUCUUCCUGAUCCUAGAGUACGCCCCACGGGGUGAGAUGUACAAAGAGCUGCAGAAAUGUGGUCGCUUCGAUGACCAGCGCACUGCUACGUACAUGGAGGAGUUGGCUGAUGCGCUGCAGUACUGCCAUGAGAGGAAGGUGAUACACCGUGACAUCAAGCCUGAGAACCUGUUGCUGGGGCUCCGUGGGGAGCUGAAGAUAGCAGACUUCGGCUGGUCUGUCCAUGCCCCAUCCUUAAGGCGCCGCACAAUGUGUGGAACGCUGGACUACCUACCCCCAGAGAUGAUUGAGGGGAAGAUCCACGAUGAGAAGGUGGACCUCUGGUCCAUCGGGGUGCUCUGCUAUGAGUGCCUUGUUGGAAACCCCCCGUUUGAAACGGCCAGCCACUCCGACACGUACAAGCGCAUCACAAAGGUUGACCUGCAGUUCCCCAAGGUGGUGUCUGAUGGUGCUCGGGACCUGGUCUCUAAGCUGCUCCGCCACAGUCCCUCUAUGCGGCUCCCCCUGCAGAGCGUCAUCACCCACCCCUGGGUGAAAAGCAACUCCCGACGGGUCCUACCUGUCGUCUUUGCUCCAAAGAAACCCUAACUGUCCAAUGUCCCAGCCUGUCUACACUGACAAGAAACCUACAUAUUCAUAUGUUUAUAAAUAAUUGAAUAUUCAUGUUUAUAAAUAAUUGAACAUCACCCAGUACGUUCCAGCCUGCCUUCUACCUGGGUAGAGGACUGACUCUUACCCUGCUGAUUGGAACUUUCCAACUUUCAGGGGUUUCACUCUUUUUGUUUUUUACUUACCCGGACAAUCUUCAUCCACAAACUUUUAGUUUCACUCGCAGAUAUAGAUGGAUCUGUUAAGCUGGGACAACCAAACGCCUAUAGAUUACUCUCAUUUUAAUUUACAUUAAGUCCUAGAACAAUUCAGGGGCGCCCUCUACUGUGAGAGAUUAUUUAUUGCGUUUCUUAAAUAGAUUUUAUAAAUGUAUUUACUUUGUCUUUGGUUUCCUUUCUCCUUUUUUUUACUCUUUUCAACAUACCUUUGUAUACAGCUUGCAUGAAACAUCCUCUACAAAGCUUAUUCUUUAUGUGUUCCUUUUGCAACUGUUUUGAAAUAAAAUGGCAUUGGGUGCUUCACAGGAUGAUGCCAAGUUGAUAUAUGGAAAAGAGUGGCAAGUAUCAAUUAAGUUUAUGAAUGUAGUAGCGGGUGAAAUUCCAUGUCUUACCUCCCUUGUUCCAGCUGAUGUCAGUGUUGUUCUGUGGUCCACUGGGACUAUCAUUAUCCUUAGUCCUGCAAAUGAUUCCUGUCAUGGGGUGACAGUUUUUGUCUGGGUACUGCAUGACUGCCUAGGGUGUAUCUGAGAUGGCCAUAGCCCUGGUCAAAAGGAGUGAUCUCUAUAGUCAAUAGAUUUGUUACACAGCCUGGGACACUGACAGAGGAAGAUAAGGAUAACUCUUAAUACAUUGUAAAGCAUGGCUGUGACUAAUAAAUGCACUAAGUAAUUCUA